CUGUUCAAGAAUAAAGCCAUGGAGCUGGGAGAAAAGCUACUGCCUGCUUUCAACACGCCAACAGGAAUCCCCCGUGGAGUCAUCAACCUGGGGAGUGGCACCAGUUGGAGCUGGGGUUGGGCUUCGGCUGGAAGCAGCAUUCUGGCUGAGUUUGGAACUCUUCAUCUGGAGUUUGUGCAUCUGACUGAGUUGUCCAAAGAUCCCAUCUACACAGAGAAGGUGAUGAACAUCAGAAAACUGCUUAAUAAGAUUGAGAAACCUCACGGCCUGUACCCCAACUUUCUAAGUCCAGUCAGCGGCAACUGGGUCCAGCAUCAUGUUUCCAUUGGUGGCCUCGGGGACAGUUUCUACGAGUAUCUAAUCAAAUCAUAUCUAAUGUCAGACAAGACAGACGAGGAUGCAAAAAAGAUGUACUACAGUGCACUGGAGGCGAUUGAAGUGAACCUGGUGCAGAAGUCACCCGGUGGUCUCACCUACUUGGCUGAAUGGAGGGGAGGGAUCUUGGAUCACAAAAUGGGCCACCUGGCCUGCUUCUCCGGGGGCAUGAUCGGUAUCGGGGCUGAUGAUGGAGCACCAGAAAAGAGGCAACACUACCUUGACCUCGCUGCAGAGAUUACACACACAUGCCACGAAAGCUACUCUCGCUCAACUACUAAACUGGGACCUGAAGCAUUCAGAUUUGACAGUGGAGCUGAGGCUACAGCAACCAGACUAAGUGACAGAUAUUACAUCCUGCGACCAGAAGUCAUCGAGAGCUACAUGUACAUGUGGAGACUGACCCACGACCCAAAAUACAGAGAGUGGGGGUGGGAAGCUGUGGAGGCUUUGGAGCAGCACUGUAGAGUGGAGUCUGGCUUCUCUGGGAUCCGGGAUGUUUACACCAUGACAGUCAGCCAUGACAACAUGCAGCAGAGCUUCUUCCUCUCAGAGACACUCAAGUAUUUGUACCUGCUGUUCUCCGAUGACGACCUUCUCCCUCUGGAAGACUGGGUCUUUAAUACUGAGGCCCAUCCGCUGCCCAUCAUCCGCAAGAGCUGCCUGCAGGAUGAAGCUACACCGGAUAAGACA